AUGAUCAGCAACAGACCUUCAUUGAUUUCGAGCGGAAACCUAAAAUUUGUUGUGAUGGAUGCGCCUUCCGACGAAAAUGCAGCAACUUAUGCAGAUAAUCUUGAACGACUAGGAGUGGCUCAUUUGGUCAGGACAUGUGAGGGCAUGUAUGAUGACCGAAUAUUCGAGUCAAAAGGAAUCAAAAUUCAUGUAUCUCAUAGACAGGAAUUCAAGUUCACUGAUGGAUCAAGCCCUCCUAAAGCAGUCGUUCUCAGAUGGCUCAGCUUAGUCAAGAAUACUUUUUUUGAAAAAAGAAAGCUAAAACCUUUACAAGAAAAGCCUCCAUGCAUUGCUAUACAUUGCCUUGCUGGCCUUGGAAGAGCCCCUGUAUUAGUAGCAAUUGCCCUAAUUGAAGCAGGCAUGAACCCAAAUGGCGCUGUGGGUCUCAUCAGGAAGCAUCGGCAUGGGGCGCUAAAUUAUUACCAAGUGAAAUUUCUCAACAGCUACAAAAAAGUGGGUGCUUACCAACAUUCGUGCUGUGUGCUCUUAUAA